AUGGACUAUAGCGACGACCCACGUCUUAUAGAGCUUGGCUCUAUUGAGGCUAUAUACCCAGAGAUCCGACGCCCUGACGCAAAAGACCCCUUCACCUUCGAGAUAGAUCUCCCCGUGGAGCCCGCCGCUCCAGUUACUGUCACUUUCCCAGCGGCUUCUGCACCCGCCCACACAGGACUCACUACACUUGGCCAAGCUACUGAGAAUGCCCAGCCUGAGGUUGAUUCUCUCGAAGUCUCGUUCCUGCCCCCUCUGCGGUUGAGAGUCUGUCUCCCAGAGGGUUACCCUGCAGAUGCGCCACCAGACAUUGUGGUAUCGACCAUACCACAGUGGUUGUCGAGGGAAACUAUCAAACGACUUGAGGAUGAUGGGCCGCGCUUAUGGGACGAGAUUGGUCGGGACAUGGUUGCAUUUACUUACAUCGACCAUAUUCAGCGCGCAGCUGAAGACGUGUUUGGAACCAUCAGUCCUGAGGGAACGCUUCAGGUUGAUCCACAACAUAAACUCGCCGUGCUGGAUCACGAUAUAAAGGCCAAGAAGGCUGCUUUUGAAAAGGAGACAUUUGAUUGUGGUGUCUGUCUCGAUCCCAAAAAGGGCUCGAAGUGUCACAGAAUGCUUGACUGUGGACAUAUAUUCUGCAUUCAAUGCUUACAGGACUUCUACAACGACGCAAUCAAGGAGGGCAACCUUUCUACUGUUCGUUGUCUGAGCCCUAACUGCGCCAAGAAGCGUGCAGCGUCGAAAGACACCAAGAAUCAUAAGGUUGCUAUCAGCCCUAGCGAGCUUCUUCAGAUUGGUCUCUCCGAGGAAAUGGUCAAGCGAUACGUGACGCUCAAGUACAAGACAGAACUCGAGUCUGACAAAAACACAAUAUACUGUCCACGACAGUGGUGUAAUGGAGCAGCCCGAUCGAAACGCCACAAGAAGCCGGAAGGUUUGGAGUUUGCUGAGACGUCUGAUGCUGAAUCCGUCAAGGAGGAAGAAGAACAAAAAGAACAAGAACAAGGAGGGGGUAGUGCCAAGUCUGGAAAAAGGAAGACUAAGGAAACAUUUAGCAAAGCGGAUCUCUUGGCUAUAUGCGAAGACUGUGGCUUCGCCUUCUGUGGCCAAUGCUACCAGUCAUGGCACGGAGAGUUUGUCCGAUGUGCACCACGACGUGACAAGGGAGAACUCAGCGAGGAGGAAAAAGCAUCACUCGAGUACCUACAGCUUCACACGAGUCCAUGCCCUACAUGCAACGCCCCUGCGCAGAAGACACACGGCUGCAACCACAUGAUCUGCUCACGAUGCGACACUCAUUUCUGCUAUCUAUGCUCCUCAUGGCUUGACCCGGUGAAUCCAUACCAGCACUACAAUCAGCUGGCGGGCGGCAAGGUCACUUCCUGUUACAUGCGGCUGUGGGAACUUGAGGGUGGCGAUGGCGACGACGUGGGUUUAGGGUUCGUUGGUGGCCGCGGUCCCGUCGCAGAUGCUCCCGCGGCACUCGAUGAUAUUGAGCUUAUGCCUCUGCCGGAAGUUAUCGAGUCUGAUGACAGUGACGGCGAGGACGAAGCUAAUGCCCAGGGCAACAACAGACCGCUUGGAGGCCAGGGCCAAGGUAUCGAGAUUGCACGUGAAGGACCCCUCGUUAUACGACUCGUUGACAAUCAAGCUCGCGAUGGUCGAAGAGCUAUUCCUCCCGCUGCACCCGACGCACCGCAACAACUUGCGGGCCGCGGCCAUAAUGGCCCACCUCGAGGUCCAGCGGGGCGAGGGCGCGGCGCAAGAGGGGCUGGGAGAGUAGGAGGCGCGGUAGCCCGAGGAAGAGGAGGAGGAGGAGGAGGGGCUCGUGGCGGAGGAGCUGGUGCUAAUCGUCAACGAGUGAACCAGCGACAACCUCAACUUCCUCAGCAGGCACAGGGCCAGGAUGAGAAUAACCAGGAUGGUCUGGAUCCGGCACAGGAGGCCUGGGUUCGUCGAUUUGUGCAGAUGGCACUCAACGAUGAAGAGGACCUCGUUGAUGGUGAUUCUGAUGAAGAAGAUGAUAAUUGGGUCAUUCGGUGA